GAGAAUUAGACGCGACUACUAUAAAACGGCGUGUCAGAGCUUCGCGCCAUUGCAGUCGCCUCAGCGCUCGUCUCUCGCUCGGUUCGGUUUUGGAUUUUGGUUUUUGGUUUCUAGUUUUUGGUUUUACUUCCCAUUUGUCGGCUUCAUUUUCAUUUCUGACUGUUGGACAUGGCUCGAGUUUAGUGCUAAGUUUGUUUGUUUUUUUUUUGGUGCACCUGAGUGUGUUACGUGCGAACUGGUGAAUGUUGUCUGUGCUGGUUCCCUCCAAGGAGUGAUCAUCGUCAUUUAGCCGGAUCAAGGCGGUCGAGCAGCCCCAUCAUUAACUUUGCCACAAGUUAUUAUCGGAGGAGACCAUAAACGGAGUUCUGUAAUCAUGGUGUUGCACCACCUCAUUCUUCUAUUCGUCGUUUUCAUCAACGAUGUCCACGGCAUCCUACCACCUUCUGGCUACGAUGACGACACCUCGCCACUGCCACUCCGCCUAGACGACCUGGAACGGGACCACCUCCAGCAGUUGGACCUCAACCGGCCGCCACUCCUGCCCAAUCACUACGAAUGGCAGCCGGAGGUGGCCGCCAGUUUGCCGCCUAGCUACAUCCAGGAGGCCGCCCAACGCGAGCGGGAUCUCGAGCGGAAUCGGCGAUUGGAGGAGCUGCGUCAGCUGCAGCAGCAGCACCAGCAGCUGAGUUCGGGUUACGCCUUUCCUUCCCACCUGCCAGGUGUGCUCUAUGUUGGCCCCACGGCUUCCACGCCCACUCCCACGCCCCCAGGAGCGACGACGACAGUGGCCUCCUCGACGACUCGUUUCGGCAAACCCAUAGUUCCCUACGACCUGGAUUUGGGCAUGCGCGGCAUUCCAUAUGUGACCAAUAAUGCCCUGCCCCUGCCCCUGCCCCUGCCCCUGCCACUGCCACGCCCCCUUCCGCCGCCCCAUGCCCGAACGCCGUUCAUCUACGGAUUCGCCGCCCAGGGCAACCGGGCCACCAGCCACCAGCUGGCGGCUCAGCCCCUGUUGGUGCAGCAGUCCAAGCAGUUCGCCUACGCCCCCGCUCAGCCCCCCCAGCGCCACUACGCGAAUGGGCCGCGGAUUCCACUACCGUAUCCCCCCAGCUUUGUGAGCUUCACUACUCGAAGACCGGGUGGCCCGGAGAGGAGCAGGCCAUUCCGGCCAUCGCAGCCGGAUCCCACGCCCGAUUUGUUCGCUGGCCGUGCCUCAAAAUCGCUGAUCGACUCUUACAUUCCCAGCUGGGAGGUACUGCGCCUGAUCCGACAGCACCAGCCGCAACAGCAAGGAUUCACUCCCAUCGCUCGGCAAACGCUCGCUUAUCCCGCUCCGGCGCACUUGAGGCUCUACAAGCGAGAUUCCCAGGAGGAGCGUUCGGGGAUUGUGAAGAAAUCGCUGGGACAGCCCGGUGCCGGUAAACUCAAGGAUAACUAGCCUUACUCAAGUCGGGUUUAGCGUACGAUUUAAGUUUUUCUCUUAAUAUACCUACAAGUACGAAUAUUUAUUGCAGCAGAA